AGCUAUGCUCAUACCUCUACUAUUCUUAGCAGCUUUAAUUUUGUUAUUGUGGAAAUGGCUGGAUAUUCGCUCCGUUCGUGAUCUCACCAACAUUGCUCGUUCUCUUGGCAGUGGUAAUGGCCAGCAUUUCUUUUCAAAUUUAUUCCAGGUAGAAGAAAAUUCAAAGCGGCAUGGCGGGGAACUAGUGGCGUCCGUGCUAAAGUCACAUGACGUCAAGGAGAUCUUUGUUCUGUGCGGUGGUCACAUCUCCCCAAUUUUGGUAGCUGCUGAGAACUUGGGUAUUAAGAUAAUCGACACCAGACAUGAGGUUACUGCAGUCUUCGCCGCAGACGCGGUUGCACGUCUACGGCAGUCCAUUGGAGUCGCUGCUGUUACCGCAGGUCCUGGGUUGACGAAUACGAUCACUGCUGUCAAGAAUGCCCAAAUGGCUGAAAGCCCCCUGCUGCUUAUUGGUGGCGCUGCGCCAUCUUUAUUGAAAGGUCGUGGUGCUUUACAGGACAUUGACCAACUUGUUCUCUUCCGUCCUCUUUGUAAAUAUGCUGCUCGUGUAGAACGUCUUCGAGACAUCGUACCAACAUUACGACAAGCCAUUAAGGCUGCCACUUCUGGAAGCCCUGGCCCGGUUUUUGUAGAAUUCCCCGUUGAUGUGCUAUACCCUUACCAACUGGUUGUCAAGGAAAUCGGUUUUAAUCCAAACGCCACCGGAUUUGUGCAGAAAGCACUGAACAUCUACCUUCGGGCUUAUGUGUCUCGACAAUUCAAUGCUGCAUGGGAUCCACAAGAUAUCACACCUCUUCCUAAUGUAAUCCCAAUGCCAAAAGUGGAACAGGUUUCGAAUAUUGUAGAACUCAUACGACGAGCGAAAAAACCAGUGAUGCUUAUUGGUAGUCAAGCAACACUUCCACCUGUUGCUCCCAAGGAAUUAGUUGAAGCUGUUGAGACGCUGGGCAUCCCCGUAUAUCUGGGAGGCAUGGCUCGUGGGCUUCUUGGUAAAGAAAGUCGUCUGCAGAUGCGCCAGAACAGAAAAGAAGUUUUACGCGAUGCCGAUCUCACCAUUUUAGCAGGAACAGUCUGUGAUUUUCGUCUUUCAUACGGACGUGUGUUGUCGAAGAAAUCGAAGAUUGUUUGUGUAAAUAGAAAUAUAAAUCAAUUAACAAAGAAUGAAAAGGCGUUUUGGAAUGCAGAUGUAUCCGUGUUGGCCGACGUUGCAUCUACACUGGUUUUGAUCGCGAAAGAAUUAAAAAGAGCAAGUGGGUAUGAAGUGCCACGCUCGUGGAUAGAUGAGUUGAGAAGCAAAGAAGAUGAAAAAGAAGCAGCGAAUGCGAAGAAAAUGAGUGAAGAGCUGGCGAACGGAUUCAUUAAUCCUCUAAACUUCCUUGCCCGCCUAGACAAGAAACUUCCUGACAACGCAAUCCUUGUUGCUGACGGCGGAGACUUUGUGGGGUCAGCAGCAUAUAUAGUAAGACCUCGUGGACCACUGCAAUGGCUUGAUCCUGGAGCAUUCGGAACUCUUGGAGUCGCUGGCGGAUUUGCUCUGGGGGCUAAGGUUGUUCAUCCCGAUAGUCCCGUUUAUAUUCUCUGGGGAGAUGGUUCCUCUGGUUACUCUAUCAUGGAAUACGAUACAUUCACGCGACACAAACUACCAGUCAUUGGCGUGAUAGGCAAUGAUGCAUGUUGGACUCAAAUAGCACGAGAACAAAUCCCCAUGUUCAACAGCAGUGUUGCGGUGGAUCUUAGCCGCACGCGUUAUGACGAUGUAGCGAUAGCUCUCGGAGGCUGGGGUACAACUUUAUCCGCGGAAAAUGUGCAAUACACUGAGGAUCUGUUGGAUGAGGCUCUCAGACAUAGUCAGCAAGGACGCAGUGCACUGUUGAACGUGCUUAUCGGCAAGACAGACUUUAGAGAGGGUUCAAUAUCAGUCUGAAGUCUCGACUACAUGCGAUAGACGCGAUGCAGCGUAUUUGUUUUUUAUAGAUCCGUCUCUGACGAAGGCUGUCGGAUUUUUUGCGGAGCGAAAGCGCGGCGCUUGUUACCUUCUGCGAUGACUAGGACUCAUACGCCCGCGCACG